AAAGCUUAAGUGAUGGAGUCUCUGCUUUUUCCCCAACAACUCUAGUCUGGAUGAAGACUCAGCCUUCACCCAGCACCGUAACUGUAGGAGCAUUGUGUCGAAGAAAGGCGGGCCCCAAAGGCUCUCUCCACAAAGCUUGCGUCUUGCAGCAGCCAAGCUGCCUCUCCCUCCUCCACAUCGAAGCCGGAGGGGGCCCAGUUCCAAGUCCCCACACGAACUCCACCCCGUUUGUUCCUCUCAAGAAACUGUGUCUUGUGUUUCUCUAAUUACACAACCACCAGCAAGUCUGACCUUCCUCCAUGGAGCAAAUGUGACCUCCAGUAUCUCCUGAGCCCAAGAUAUCGCAGCUUUAAACUAGCAAGCCAUGCAUCCUUCGGAAAGAUUUUUGCCUGGAGUGAUAACUAGGAGGAGGAGGCUGCCAGAGGCAGAGUAGGAUCAGGAAGCCACCUCUUCAUUCUUAUCUCUUAAGACCGCCAGCUGUUUGAGUGCCCGGUGCACACCAUCGUCUUAUUUUUAAGAUGACACCUAUGUGAGCGCUGUGGGCUAUGGGAUGGAUGAGCUGGAGCAGGACCAGCAUGAGGCCCGACUCAAGGAGCUGUUUGACAGUUUUGACACCACAGGCACCGGGUCCUUGGGACAGGAGGAGCUCACCGACCUUUGCCACAUGCUGAGCUUGGAGGAAGUGGCCCCGGUGCUGCAGCAGACGCUGCUUCAGGACAAUCUCCUGGGCAGGGUACAUUUUGACCAAUUUAAAGAAGCAUUAAUUCUUAUCCUGUCUAGAACUCUGUCCAAUGAAGAGCACUUUGAAGAACCAGACUGCUCGCUGGAAGCUCAGCCUAAAUAUGUUAGAGGUGGGAAGCGUUACGGACGAAGGUCCUUGCCUGAGUUCCAAGAGUCUGUGGAGGAGUUUGCAGAGGUGACAGUGAUUGAGCCGCUCCUUGAAGAAGCACGACCAUCACACAUCCCAGCUGGUGGCUGCAGUGAGCACUGGAAGACGCAAGGCAGCGAGGAAUAUGAAGCAGAAGGUCAGUUAAGGUUUUGGAAUCCAGAUGACUUGAAUGCCUCACAGAGUGGGUCCUCCCCACCCCAAGACUGGAUAGAAGAGAAACUGCAAGAGGUUUGUGACGAUCUGGGAAUCACCCGUGAUGGUCACCUGAACCGGAAGAAGCUCGUCUCUAUCUGCGAGCAGUAUGGUUUGCAGAAUGUGGAUGGAGAGAUGCUCGAGGAAGUAUUUCACAAUCUCGAUCCUGAUGGAACCAUGAGUGUAGAGGAUUUUUUCAAUGGUCUGUUUAAAAAUGGAAAAUCCCUUACACCUUCAGCAUCUACUCCUUACAGACAACUGAAGAGGCACCUCUCCAUGCAGUCUUUUGAUGAAAGUGGACGUCGUACAACCCCAUCGGUAAUGACCAGCACCAUUGGCUUCCGGGUCUUCUCCUGCCUGGAUGAUGGGAUGGGCCAUGCGUCUGUGGAGAAGAUCCUUGACACUUGGCAAGAGGAGGGCAUUGAGAACAGCCAGGAGAUCCUGAAGGCCUUGGAUUUCAGCCUUGAUGGAAAUGUCAACUUGACAGAAUUGACUCUGGCUCUGGAAAAUGAACUUCUGGUCACCAAGAACGGCAUCCAUCAAGCAGCUCUGGCCAGCUUUAAGGCUGAGAUCCGGCACUUGUUGGAACGAGUUGAUCAAGUGGUCAGGGAGAAAGAGAAGCUACGGUCAGACCUGGACAAAGCCGAGAAGCUCAAGUCCCUCAUGGCUUCGGAAGUGGAUGAUCACCAUGCAGCCAUAGAGCGGCGAAAUGAGUACAACCUCAGGAAACUGGAUGAAGAGUACAAGGAGCGCAUAGCAGCCUUGAAGAAUGAGCUCCGGAGAGAGAGAGAGCAAAUCCUGCAACAGGUGGGAAAGCAGCGCUUAGAACUCGAGCAGGAAAUCGAGAAGGCCAAAACAGAAGAGAACUACAUCCGGGACCGCCUUGCCCUCUCUUUAAAGGAGAACAGUCGUCUGGAAAAUGAGCUUCUGGAAAAUGCAGAGAAGCUGGCAGAGUACGAGAAUCUAACAAACAAACUUCAGCGGAAUUUGGAAAAUGUGUUAGCAGAAAAGUUCGGUGACCUUGAUCCUAGUAGCGCUGAGUUCUUUCUGCAAGAAGAGAGGCUGACACAGAUGAGAACCGAGUAUGAGCGGCAGUGCAGGGUAUUACAAGACCAAGUAGAUGAACUCGAGUCCGAGCUGGAAGAAUACCGUGCUCAGGGCAGAGUAUUCAAGCUGCCCUUGAAGACCUCACUGUCAGAAGAACUUGAUGUUAACAACAGUGGCCUUGAGCCCAGCCAGGGGCUCGAGUCUCAAGAGUGCAAUCCAUUGAACAUGAGCAUCGAGGCGGAGCUGGUGAUUGAACAGAUGAAAGAGCAACACCACAGGGACUUGUGUCGCCUAAAACAGGAGCUGGAAGAUCAGGUGCACCACUAUGAAGCGCAGCUGGCUGAGACCCGCGUCACCUGGGAAAAGGAGCAGGAGACCACGAAGGAAAACUAUGAGCGUGAAAUGCACACCUUGGAACAACAGAUAAGUGACCUGAGAAGAGAGAUCGCAGAACUGCAGGAGCAGGCGGUGGUGCUGAAGGACACACACCUGGAGGCCACCCGCAGGCAUGAGGAGGAGAACCGACAACUGCAAAUGGCCUUUGAGCAGGAAAAGAGUCGCCUGCAGGAGGAGCUGAAGCUACAGCACGAGGUGGAGCUCCAGGCCAAGCUGCAGCAGGUGGAGGAGGGAUUCCUCCAGGAGAGGGAAGGACUCCGGAGCAGCGCCUGGACAGAAGAGAGGGUGCAGGGCCUGGUGCAGGACCUGGAGCGGGCGCACCAGGAGCAGCUGCACAGCCUGGGGGAGAAGCAUGAGCUAGAGAAGGAGGAGCUGAAGCGAGAGCUCUUGGAAAAGCACCAAAGGGAGCUUCAGGAGGGACGGGAAGAGAUGGAAACAGAGUGUAAUAGAAGAGCCUCUCAGAUAGAAGCCCAGUUUCAGGCUGACUGUGAGAAAGUCACCGCCAGGUGCGAGAACACGCUGCAGAGCCUGGAGGGCCGCUACCGCCGUGAGCUGCAGGACCUCCGGGAACAGCAGCAGGAGGAGAAGUCCCAGUGGGAGUUCGAGAAGGACGAGCUGGCCCAGGAGUGUGCCGAAGCCCAGGAGCAGCUGAAGGAGAUGCUUCAGAGAGAGAAAGCAACCUCCCUGGUCCUGACCCAAGAGAGGGAGAUGCUGGAGAAGACAUAUAAAGAACACCUGAACAGCAUGGUGGUGGAGAGAGAGCAGCUUCUGCGAGACCUGGAAGACCUGCGGAAGGUGUCUGAGAGCCAGCAGAGCCUGCUGUCCAGCCAGAUCCUCGAGCUCAAGAGCAGCCACGAGAGAGAGCUGAGGGACCGAGAGCAGGUACUGUGCCAGGCGGGGGCCUCGGAGCAGCUGGCCAGCCUGCGGCUUGAAAGGCUACGUGAGGAAUGUGACCGGGAGAAGCAGGAACUGGUGGCCAGAGUUGUGGCUGUGGAGAGUGCCCACCACGCCACCUGUGAGAAGGCAGAGCGAGAGCAGGCUAAGAUGAGCGCGGAGAUCUGCAGGCUCCGGGAUAAAAUACAGGAUCUGCAACAGGCAGCAUCUCCUGUCUCCGGGCUGCAGGGUGAUCAUCAGGCAAUGGGAGGGGAGGAGGCGGAAGGAAGUGGAGCCUUGUCCCUGCUUCAGCAAGGGGAGCAGCUGCUGGAAGAAAACGGAGACGUCCUCCUGAGUCUGCAGAGAGCUCACGAACGCGCGGUGAAGGAAAACGUGAAAAUGGCUGCUAAGAUUUCCAGAUUGCAACAAAGGCUGCAAGAGCUAGAGCCAGGGUCACUAAUGUUGUCCUAUUUAGAGGAGCCAGCAACUGAGCUUUUUGGAAAUUCUGCAGAACGAGCAGAAUCAUUUUCACCACAAAACCGAGUGAAGCGAGUAUACAGUGGAAACACACAGAGCAUCCUAAAUGAUCUGCAAGACAGUGAUACCCGGGACCUGGGGAGCACAGGGACAAGCUCUGCUCAGAGACAGGAGCUCAAAGCUGAAGAGUCUGAAGCCUCCAUGGAGAGUUUUUCGGAGCUUGAAAACAGUGAAGAGACCAGGACUGAAUCCUGGGAUCUAAAAAAUCAGGUUAGUCAGCUUCAGCAGCAGCUAGUGAUCUUACGGGCAGAUUGUGACCGAGCCUCUGAGAAGAAGCAGGACUUGCUUUUUGAUGUUUCUGUACUAAAAAAGAAACUGAAGAUGCUCGAGAGAAUCCCAGAGACGUCUCCCAAGUAUAAGUUGUUGUAUGAAGAUGCUAGCCAAGAAAAUGACUGCCUACAGGAAGAGCUGAGAGUGAUGGAGUCUCGCUAUGACCAGGCUCUGGAAAGCAACAAAGAACUCACCGCAGAAGUGUUCCGGUUGCGGGAUGAGCUAAAGAAAGCAGAGGAAGUGACCGAAACAUAUCUUAGCCUGGAGAAGAGUUACGAUGAGGUCAGAACAGAAAACAAAGAGCUGAAUGUUCUGGUUUUGAGGCUUCAAGGGAAGAUUGAGGAGUUGCAGGAAAGAGCGGACCUGCAUGAUGACUCCUUCUCCUUGUGGGAAGCCCGUUUGGACAACCUGGAAGUCAAACCUGCAGAACAGGUUCUAGAAGUUGGUCAAAGGCUGGAAAAGUGCAUGCCCAAGGUGACAAGUGGACGCCACAUCACAGAAGAAUGUAAACAAGAAAACCAGUGCCUUGAGCAGGGAAGCACGCGGCUCUUGGAAAGAGUAAAAACACACGAAAUUGCCUGGUUACACAGGACCAUUGAGACACAUCAAGAAAAGUCUGGAAUACAGAAUCCGGUUUUCCUAGAGGAAAACUCUGCUCUCUUAGGCCUUCAAGACAAACAUUUUCAACGUCAGACCACAAUAGCAGAGUUAGAGUUGGAAAAACAAAAGCUACAGGAGCUGACCAGAAAGCUGAGGGAGCGAGUCACUACGUUAGUUAAGCAGAGAGAUGUCCCUUGUCAAGUGGAGAAGGAGGAGGAACUGAAAUCCAUGAUGCACGACUUGCAAAUCACAUGCAGUGAGAUGCAGCAGAAAGUCGAAAUUCUGAGAUAUGAAUCUGAAAAGCUUCAAGAGGAAAAUUCUAUUUUGAGAAGUGAAAUUACUACUUUAAAUGAAGAAGAUAGCGUUUCUAACCUGAAAUUAACUGGCUCUCAGGAAGAAAUGUGGCAGAAAAUAGAAACUAUAGAACAGGAAAAAGUAGAAAUUCAGAAGAUGGUUGAAAAUUUAAAGAAACAGAUUUCAGAUUUGAAAAUCAAAAACCAACAGUUGGAUUCAGAAAAUGCAGAACUUAGCCAAAAGAAUUCUCAAAACCAGGAAGAGCUGCAAAAACUUAAUCAGCGUCUGGCAGAAACGCUGUGCCAGAAGGAAAAUGAGCCAGGAAACAGUACAUUCAAGGAAUGGGAGCAAGAAAAGUCUAAUCUGAAAAAAGAACUGGAACAUUGUAAAGUACAGUCCUCCACAUUAGUGUCUUCUCUGGAGGCAGAACUGUCUCAGGUGAAAAUGCAGACCCACGUGGUGGAGCAGGAAAACCUCCUUCUCAAAGAUGAGCUGGAGAGAAUGAAACAGCUGCACACACAUCCUGACCUGUCGGACUUCCAGCAGAAAAUUUCUAGUGUUUUAAGCUACAACGAAAGACUGCUGAAAGAAAAAGAAGCUCUCAGCGAAGAACUGAGUAGCUGUGUGGAUAAGUUGGCAAAAUCAAGGCAUUUGGAGCACAAAAUUGCUGCCCUGAAGCAGGAACAGACAUCUUGGGAGCAUGAGAAUGAGGCUCUGAAGUCCCAGCUGGCGGACUCCCAGGACAAGGUUCAGGGUCUAGAAGAUACGCUGCAGAACGCCAACCUUCAGAUGUCUCGAAUUAAAUCUGACCUUCGCGGGACUCAGCAGGAAAAGGAGGCUUUAAAACAGGAAGUGAUAGCUUUACAAAAACAGCUUCAGAAUGCUGCUGGUGACAAGGCCUGGGCCCUGGAAACAGCCACACAUCUACCAGGGGCCCAGAGCCAGCAGCCAAGGCUGUCUUGGGAGAGGCUGGAACACCUGAUGCAUGAGGAGCAGCAGCCUCUCUGGCAGGAGAACGACAGGCUGCAGAGCAUGGUGCAGAGCACCAAGGCGGAGCUCUCGCACUCCAGGGAGAAGGUCCGUCAGUUGGAAUCCAGCCUUCUGCCCCUUAAACACCAAAAACAUCUCAACUCAUCAGGUACUGUGAAGCCCACAGAGCAAGAAAAGUUGAAUCUAAAGAGAGAAUGUGAACAGUUUCAGAAGGAACUAUCGCCUGCUCAUAGGAAGGUCAGUCAGGUGAAUGCCCUUGAACGAGAAUUAGAAACAAUUCAUUUGGAAAAUGAAGGCCUGAAAAAGAAACAGGUGAAACUGGACGAGCAGCUAGUGGAGAUGCAGCCCCUGAGGUCCACUGUGAUGCUUAGCCCGUCUCCUCCUUGGGAUCUGCAGCUGCUCCAGCAGCAAGCCUGUCGGGUGGUCCCCAGGGAGCAGUUUCUGCAACUUCAGCACCAGCUGCUGCAGGCAGAGAGGAGGAACCAGCACCUGCAGGAGGAACUUGACAACAGGGCCUCUGACGCCAACAUGCCACAGGGAAACCAGGAACAGCUGGUAUCACUCAUGGAAGAACGGAUGAUAGAAGUGGAACAGAAACUGAAACUGGUGAAGAGGCUUCUUCAAGAGAAAGUGAAUCAGCUCAGAGAACAACUCUGCAAGAAUACUAAAGCAGAUGCAGUGGUGAAGGACUUGUAUGUUGAAAAUGCUCAGUUGUUGAAAGCUCUGGAAAUGACUGAACAGCGGCAGAAAACAGCAGAGAAGAAAAAUUACCUCCUAGAAGAGAAGAUUGCCAGCCUCAGUAAUAUAGUCAGGAAUCUGACACCAGCGCCCUUGACUUCUACGCCUCCUUUGAGGUCAUAGCCACACCAAAAGAUGCACUCGUAUCUGUGCACUUUACUGAAAUAGGUGGAAGGUUUCAGUAGGUUCCUUUAACCCCAUUUACAAAAACUCAAUGGCUUAAAAUUAAAACUGAGCCCAAGUCUGCCGGCACCAGAAUUGGAGUCUCCAAUCAUCAUAGCUAGUUUUUAAAACAGAGUCUUGUGGGAAUUCCAACAAACAAUCACGUAUUUCACUGUUUAUUCAGAAGCUCUGAAUUUAUUUUUUAAGUAUUCUAUAGCCGCUACCAAGAAGAUGAAUAUGUAAAACUAUUUAAGAACCUUAAAGCCCCAUUUUAAUGGAUUUUUUUCAGGUCACUUAUAUGCCAACUGUAUAGAGUCCAGAUACAUUUCUGAGUUUGGGACCUGAUUAAAGUGGUUAUUAAAGAACUAUUUUAAAAUCAAGUUUAGGUAUUAUGCAUUUAAACACUGAAAAGUCAUUCUGGUUGUAAUAGUUUGGCAUUUUUUUAAUUAAUUGGUAGACUAUACUUCUGUUUCAUAAGAAGGGUAGGCUUGGUGACAAAUGAGGUCAGGAAAGCCCUGACCUCAUGGAACUGACCUCAAGCCCUGACCUUGUGGAACUCUACCUUCUGACACCUACUACUCAUGCUGUAGUAUAGAUUAAGAACUGAUACACUUAUGCUGUUGCUGAGUAUUACUACCCUUGAUCCAUUCUAGAUUUAGAAUCCACUGACUCAACUGCACUCUUAACUAAUGGUAAAGCUUUACUUUUUUUAAACAGCCUUUUUCUUCCUCCUCUUAGAAGUUUCAUUGGGGACCUUGUCUUCUAAGAAAUGGAUAAAGCCACAUUCUUAAAGUACCUGAACCAUAGGGAGAGCUCUGAACAAACCCCCUUGGAGUAAACAGCCACUCUUGAAGAGGGAUAUGCAGCCCGUAGGGUUCUCCUGCGUCUGAAGUCUUGGAAUUCAUGGACUUACCAUUAAUGAUGCCUCAAGAACUCAGGGAACAAUUUUUAUACACUUCCUGAACUACUGUUGGGCUUCUCUAAAGAGUUUGGAAUAUAUAAACCAUGUGACCUUAUUUAUUUGUUUUAUAUAUUUAUGGCCAUAGAAUUUUUAUUUCUACAUUGUAGUACAUUUACUUGUCCGGAAAAGGCCUUGAUCUUAGAAGUGAAAAUUUCUUCUAACUUUAUCAAAGAGUUUUUAUUGUUUAUUUAACAUAGGUCAGAAUUUUCAAGCUUCUCAUUCUUCUGUACCUCAGAUCUGAUUGCAAGAGUUUCUGACUGUGAUAAGCGUUGGCACUGCCACCCUUGGGAAAGGCAUGCAAAACAGGACUCCCCACCGUUCCCAAGAUCAGAGCUAAUGGCACAGUAAACAUUCUAGACUGGAUAACACACUGCCUGCCUUGUCUCAGUUAAAAUCUCCCCUUCUAGCCUACUUUCUCCAGCGAUUAGUGGAGGACUUAAAAAGUGCAGGACACUACCAAAGCUCCUCACACUCCCCUUCACAUUUUCACAAGACAGUAAUUAUAUCAGGAAUUUCACUUUGAUGGACUCCAGGAAACUCAAACCCAUCUGUUUACAAGAGGUAUAAACAGAAUAACCAAACACUGUUUAUCAGCUGGAACACAGGAUAAAGCAAACUGUCACAGAACAGUCAUAGAACGGUCAGACCUUCAAUCUCAGCAAAACAGUUUCCACCAAGGACCUCCUUCCUCAGGGCCUGGCCACCUGCUGUCAGGCUUGGGGCCAGUCCAGGAAUCCUCACUGUACAGUCCCCGCCAAGGCCCUGCCGUGUGGGGGACUAGUUCUUACUGGUGAAGGAGACAGUUCAACUUCUGAAUGGUUCUUCUUAGCCCUUGGAAAAAAAUUUUUAAUUCUUCCUUAUAAUUACGCUUCAAAAUACUUGGCAUCUGUUAUCACACCAUCUCUAAAUCCUACCAUGUAGACUCAACUAUUUGUAUGGCACUGGCUUUAAUAGAAAAUUUUUCACUUAAAAUCCUGGAUAGCCCUUGGCCAAGGGCAAGGUACAAACUAAGCAUCUGUGGUGUGCUUUUGUGAUUGCUUCAGGUCAUUCAAGGUUAGUAGCACUGAAACUAACACAAAGUACAUUUCCCAAGUAGCUGACUAUGCAUGUGAUCCCAUUUGUUGUAUUUGUUUGUUUUUUACAUGAUGAAAAGUAUAGGUUGGUUUCCUACAAAUGUGUAUUUAUUUAUAUAUGAAACGCUGUACAGUAAAUGUAAAUAUGACUUUUGGGGAAGUUUUAGACUACAUUUUGAUUAUGUUUAUCCAAAGUUAAAGUAGUACUCAGAUAAAAAUUAACUUAGCCAAUAGGUAAUUCGUUGCUUUUACCUACUAACUAAAUUGGGAGGAGGGUGGGAAUCAACAUGAGAAAUACCAUACAGAUAUCGUAAAUUUAUAUAUUUGUGCUUAUUUUUGAGAGAUGGUUUAGAGUGGGAGUUUAACUGCCCAUUUAUAAUAUAGCUAUGGCUUUUAAGAUACUUUGAAAAUAUGAAAUUUAAGAUGUUAAAAUUAUAUAAAUUAUGUUUAGAUUUUGCUUUCAGACGCCUUAAAUGGCAGUCUUCAAAAUCAAGUUAUAUAUUUUAUAGAAAUUCAGCAGAUUUUUUUACUAUAAGCACUGGUUGUUAAAUUUAUUUUAAUGUAGUAAUUAUUUAAGAUUUUCCUAAAAGAUCAGCUCUUCAUUUCAAGGGAAAAAAAUCAAAUGUUGCCUUUGAAAUAAUAAUAUAAUAAUAAUAAUAAUAUGCUGAACAAAGGAAAAUGUGGAUGAUAAGACCUCCAUGACCCUAUUUUACUACUUCUGCUUUCUAAAAGUCUGACUCUUCAGCUCAAAUUUGUGAAGAGAAAAAGUAGGAAUUAUAGAACCAACCACAAUAUUUUAUUUAUUUUUCUAAAGCUCUUAUUAAAUCCAGACUUUAAAAACUUUUUUAAAUGUGAACCUUUCCCAAGGGCCCCAAUGCACUGUUUAUAUAUUCAGCCAGCAGCAUAUUUGACAUAAGCAGAUCAUGAAAUCAUGGGUUUUCAGGGUAUCAAAAAUGCACCAGUGCCCAGAGCAGAAAUUAUUUUGAAGAACUGGUUUUAAGAAAUGAAUAAGGCUUUAUGGCAGAGUUUGACUUUUUGACAUGUGGAAAAUAACUUACAAUUUUUGUUUUUAUUUUGCUGAGUGAAGGAAAAAAAAACACACUGCUAUUGUCAGGUAAGAAGCAAAUCAUGUUUUGAAUGGAUGACCUGUAAUGAAUGACUCACUGGAAUGAUGUAAUUAUACAAGCAAUGCCAAAAAUGGAAUCAAAACCUAAUAACCAAAGCAUCCAUAUUUAAAAUAUUCUAUCGUGUAUGGACCUAUGUGAACAUUUCAGUGCUGACAACUAAUUUUUAUUUUGUGGCAUAGGAAUGAUUGUUGGAUAACAGAGUUAGCUUUUUUGUUUCUCAGCUCUUUGUAUUAUACAGGUUAAAUGUGUUCUUACUGGGGAGACAUUAUCACACGUGCUUUAAGGGACAUUAGUUUUGGGAAGGAAAACCUGAGUUCAUGCACAGUCUAGCUGGAGGUUUAGCUCAGCGACAUAAGUGCCUGCUUGGUGAGCACAAAGUCUUGAGUUCGAUCCCCAGUACUAGGGAAUAUAAAACAAGAUACCAAAACCCUUAAGGUUUCGACAGUCUAGAGUUCGGUUCACAUACAAAAUAAUGUAUAUAUAGGGCUGGGGAUUUAGCUCUAGCAUAAGCACCUACCUUGCAAGCAGGCAGUCAUGAGUUCGAUCCCUGGUACCGAUAAAAAUGGAAAAAAAAAAAAAAAGACAAAAUAAUGUAUAUAUGUUUAUAUCAGCUUUGUAUAUCUCACCUUAGCCAUUGUAUCCUAGAAAGAUUUUAAUGUGACUCUAACUGUAAAUAAAUAAUUUUCCAAGUA